CUCUGUUUCAGAAUUCUGAGCUCCUCUUCGCUGCGAACUCGAACAGGAAGACGGGUGAUGUUUGCAAAAUGUCUUGCAAAUAGCUCGAAACAGAGACAUGCCCAUAUGCAGCCUAUAUUUACCUUCAGCUGAAUCAUUUUCUGAAUAUUCCGCGUGAUAUUGUCGGUGUGCAAUAGAAAUAUACAUAACCUAUGUUAGCAUAGCGACUUUCGUCUACUUCCGCGUACGGUGUGUUUUUUUUUCCACGGCAACUUUCGUGCAGGGCAUCCUAACAGGCGUCUGUCAGUUUGUUUCACGUCCUUUUAAAGGAACUUGAUUGACAGGUGCCUGCCCCACCCACAAUACCAUGGACUUUGUAGAUGCCCAUGAAGGGCGGGGGCUGUCAGGAGCUCACGGUUUUAGCGUGGCCAUGAGUAUAAUUGGAGCAGAAGAUGAGGACUUUGAGAAUGAUCUGAAUCAGACCGUGGAUGAUCAGUGCUACUAUUUUAACAGCAUCGAACUGCUGAAAUCCAGACCUACCCACCUGCUGGUCUUUCUGCAUCACGUCAUGUUACAGUUUGAUUGCGCUCCUGUGUUAUGCUAUCUGCAUGCUGACAUGUUCAAGAACCUCAGUGCCAAAGAGACCAAAAAGCAUUUUGGGGAUUUCUACAACAGUUUCCUGGACAAAGGAGCAAUUCUCAGAGUAUCUGUACCAGUUCAUGUAUCAAAUGAGUUAGACCGCACUCGCCCGGAGCUGCUUAGUGAGGACCAGCAGAGGCGAUAUGCUCAGGAAGUGCAAAAUAUGCAGACAAUGGAGGUGCUGCGACAGCUUGAAGACUUUAGGCAGAAGAGGAUGAUGGGAAUGACCCCUAAUGAGCACGAGCUGAGUCAGGUGGAAAAUCACUAUCAAACCGACCGUGUUCCCAGGGAAAUGAAGGAGAAAGCAGUAGCUGAGAUGUUGCUGGAGAGGUUGUUAGAAGCCAACCCCACAAUUGUUGCAGACGAAGAUAAAUGCUCAACCAUCUUUAGUGCAGUGGUUGUCUACAUGAAGCAUCUAGGAGUCAAAACUAGAACUCCUGACAGUAAGAAGUCCAAAGGGUUCUUCAAGUGGAAGUAUGCAAAGAAAGAGGAAAACAAGACCCAAGUGCGCAGCGUUAUACCCAACAUCCUCAAUGAGGCAGGCCGACGGAUAGUGGGACGCAAUGAGGCAAAACCAGCCACUGAAGCUGACAAGGCCAGUGAGCGGAAGAGUUCUGGAAGUGCCUCAGUGCAUCGCGGCUCCAGUUCUGAAGGUAGCACUACAACCGUUCGCAAACAGGUUGUGGCAGGGCCAGGGACAAUUCAAGGGACAGAGGGCACUGAUGCGCAACUCAGCAACCUCAUCAUAACUACAAGUCCUGAGUCCACCCAGAGCGAUACAGCUAUGACUACUAGCCGUUCUGACCCAGCGUUUGUGUAUGAUGUGGGCGAUAUUUCUCCCAUAAGUAGCAACACUGGCCUCUCUCUCUUGGAAUCAUGUUCUGCUAAUGACAUCCCUACAGAGGACAGCCAUGAAAAAGACAGACGGAAGACAAGGAGCGUGCGACGCAGUGAGAGUCUGUGUGUGGAGCGGCGACAUUCUCGUCGUGGUGGCUCUGCCCGGGCCAAACAAUCUCGCUCCCGUAGUGACGUGGACCUUCAGUCAACUGCCACCUCCCACCCCCCUCCAUCCCCCCUCCUUCACCCUGUCUCUCCGGAUGUGGCAAGCCUACCUGAAGGCACCCUUACAGCAUCCAGUUCAGGCCCCUCACUUCAGCAGGAGGAGGUGGAGCCCCGCCUCUUGGAACUCGAGCAGGAUCCCCCCAACUGGAGAGAGCUUGCUUCCAGUGAAGUUCUGAGCAAACUCAGCAAGAAAGAGAUGAAGAGACAGGAAGUCAUAAAUGAGUUGUUUGCAACAGAGCAUGCCCACGUUCGCAUGCUGAGCGUGCUACAGACAGUAUUCUAUCGUCCACUGGAACGGGAGGAGAUCAUGUCUACUACUGAACUGGAUGCCAUCUUCCCCAGCUUGGAUGAUAUAAUUGACUUGCACUAUACCUUCUACGAGAACCUGAAGAGGCUGCGGCAGGAGGAUGGGUUUGUGGUCAAAACCAUCAGCACACCACUCCUCAACAGAUUUAAUGGAUCUGAGGGCGAUUGGUUCCAGAAGCUAGCAGCUCGUUUCUGUAGUCACCAGUCCUGGGCUCUGGAUCUUAUCAAAAGCAGACAGAAGAAAGAUCCUCGCUUUAAUGCCUUCAUACUGGAUGCUGAGAGUAAGCCUCAGUGCAGGAGAUUACAGCUGAAGGAUAUUAUCCCCAUUGAGAUGCAAAGACUGACCAAGUACCCCCUGCUGUUGGAGAACAUUGCCAAGAGCACAGAGGACAAUGCAGAGAGAGAGAAUAUCCAGCAGGCGGCUGAGUGUUGCCGUAAGAUCCUAAAUCACGUCAAUGAAGAGGUGAAAUACAUGGAGAAUUUGCUGACUUUAAAAGACUACCAGCGCAGGUUGGAUACUUCAGGACUGAAGCCCAGCAAUGAGCUCUACCUAGAGUAUAAGAAUUUUGACCUUACCACAAGGAGUAUGCUUUACGAGGGGGCACUGACCUGGAGAGUGACUAAGGAAAAAGCUAUAGAUGUGCAGGGUGUGCUGCUGGGAGACUUGCUGGUUUUGCUGCAGAAGCAGGAUGAUAAGAUGCUGCUGAAAUGCCAGAGUAAAAGCAUCAUUGCUGCUCAGGAGGGCAAACAGAUGCUGAGUCCCAUCAUCAAGCUGGAUUCUGCUUUCCUUCGUGAAGUGGCCACAGAUCGCAAAGCUUUCUAUGUGAUCUUCACCUGGGACAGUGGAGCACAGAUCUAUGAACUCGUGGCCCAGUCUGUGGGGGAGAGAAAAGCUUGGACAGAGAAGAUCAAGUUAUCAAUGGAUGAGUUAAAGAAGAAUGGCUGUUCCACCCUGGACAGGGCGAGGCCUGGCAGCAUGCCAGGAGGAAGCACUGCAAUGCAUUAUAGCUCCUCGCUGCAGCCCCCUCUCAGCCCCAUUGAAAAUGGAGCAGACCCUCUAAAGAACAAUGCUGGUCGAGAUAAGGACAGCCUUACAGAUGAAAAGAGCAGGCACUCUCAGGCCUCAGUGAUCGAUUACCUUGCUGCCAAUGGAUUUGAUCCUCUCGGUCACAGCAAUGCACCUCCGGAGAAGUCAGCCUCUGGGGCUUUGGAUGAAGUUACAUCCUUGAAAAGAAUGUUGGUCGGGAGCAUCAGUCUGUCUGAGGACACCCAGCCAGAUGGCGAGAACGGAGGAGGUUCAGCAAAGCAAGACACAGACACUGAUGGAAGUCAGUCAUUAGAAGAGCACAGUACAGAGGGCCAGGAGGAAGAAGAGCAUGGAAAAGUGAAAAUAGAGGAGGUAACAGCAGUUGCUGCUCCGCUGGUCCUUUCACAUGAGAGUAUGAAAGAGGUCUGCAGGAAACUGGACAGUCUGGAAGACAAAUUGAAGAAACUACAGAAUGUUGAGGAGGAGUACCACAGGCUGCAAGAUGCCCUUGCUAAAUUCACCAUUCAAAGAGGAAGCUACAACUGAGCAUCAUCCCUGCUGGUCGCCAGAUCACUGUACGUGCUGGAAUGAGGUGUGAGACUUUCUUUUUGGGAAAUUCCUUGAUUGAUUGAUUUGUUCCCUGGAUUUUCCUGUUUGCGCUACUAUCCAUGCUCAAGUCCCUUUGGUCAUCCUGGAAUCUGACUGUAUGCCCCAACCUGGUGAUGUGAUGAUGGGCUGGCUUCAAGUACAGAAUUCCUUGAGUAUUUGUGUGUGUGUAUGAAUGUGCAAAUGCACAUGUUAAAUGAAGGUGAUUGGAUCGAAGACCAUUUUUAAAUAAGGUCCCAAACAAACGAGCUACAGAUUUUAAUCAGAUUUUAAGCACAUGCACUCUCUCAUGGACUCCUCCAAUGUAAGCCUGUCAAAUGUUUUAUAUUUUAUCAAGUAGUAAUAUAGUAGGAAAGGGAUAUCUGUACAUAAAGAGAAGAAUGUGUUUAUGUACAUUUCACCCAGAAUUCACUGAAGAGUUUUAACAGAAAGAAAUGUAUUUUAAAGGAAUAUUCCAUUAUUUUUCCAUUUAUCAAUCUCUGCUUCCAGGGUAUGUAUGUAUACAGUUACCUUGGUCAAUAAUUUAAAUGCGUCUCCAUGUACAUAGCAAAAGAAACAAAAAAAUCCAUGAUCUUGAAGCACUGAUAAUAGAAACCAAUUCAAAGGUGCUUCUGAAACACUUGGAUAGGGAAACAAUGGAUAGGGAAUUGCUGAAUGAUGGGCUUAUAUUAUGUGUGUUUUUAUCAAAAAAUUUUUAAUUAAGUAUAUCGAACUUAUUGUCCAUAAUGUCUUUAAUGAUGUGACAGAAAGUGAACAGGUUGAAAAAUAAUGGCAUUUUCCUUUAAUAUGCGUAUUUACUCAUCUAUAGCUUUGAGUGUCUGCUUUCAAAGAAAUGCCCAAAUUAAAAAGAAGGCAGGAAUAGAAAGUAGGGUUGAGAGAUGUAGAGAUAAGGAAAAGAGAGAUGGAUUCUGUAGGUUAAUGUAGAAUGAAACUGAGAGAUAUCAACACGGUUAUUUGUUGUAAAUAAUGGGAAUAUUUGCAUGUUGUGCACUGUACAAUUACAUCUUAAAACAGACUUUAAAGUUUUAGAAUAACUGAAACAUGCAGGUGUUGUUUAUUUGAUGUGCUGCAGUUAAAUUUGCACCAAGGUUGUUGCUCAUGUGGUCAGUGAAGUUACAUUCUGUCCUUGGAGUGCAUGUGCAUGAGAGUGUCCCAUUUUCAGGAGUGCUGUUUGAAAUAACAAAGAACGUUUUUUUUUUUUUUUUUUUUUUUUUUUUUUUUUUUUUUUUUUUUUUAAAUAUAUACAUGCUGUUUAUACAUGUUCUGUCAGGUCAGAUGCAAGGAUUGUAUGAUCUUUCACGUAUUGCGUUGUUUUUGUUAGUUAGUUCCAUAUUUUCAGGAUGAUUAUUAUUCUUUAUUGGUUUCAGAAUGUUUACUUUUAAAGGGUAGCCUUAGUAUCCUUCAAAUAUCGCAGGACCAAAGAGGCAGGUGUCUAUCAGCAGGUAAAAUGGUUACAUGCAGUAUGAAUUAUUCAACAUAUGUAAGUGUUUAAGGAUGUGUAAGAUCGAUUGUAAUACACAGUUGCUAAUAUUAUGCUAUAUUAUGCUGAUAAUAUGCUGAACCCAACACCUUUCUGUUCCCUACAUCAGGUUCCAUUCUUUAGCCAAGGACUAGUGAACAAAUAAUAUAUGAAUGAGAUGAAAAAUAAAUUAUGGUUGAACUGAUAGCUUGUAGAGCCAUAUUAAUAUAUAGAAUUUAUAUUAACGGAUAUAAAAUGAUAUUUACAACCUUUGUGUGUGUAAUCUCAGUUUAUAGUUUACCUUAAAUAGAGCAUCAAUUCAUCCCUGCUGCCUUCCAGCUUGUAAUUGAUCUGUAUAUCCAUUCCUACAGAUGCAUUCUUUCUUAGCAACUGCUGCAAAGUUUGGACCAACUUUAAAAACUGAAUGGGAAAACCAUGUUCAGCUGACAUUAGGUUGCUACUUAAUCAGAUCAAAGUUUCCAGUUUAAAAUGCUCUGUUACAGAGCUUCAGCUAUAUUGUAGAAAUGAUAGGAUAGGAUAGGCAAGUUGGCCAUAUUCGCAUGUUAACAUUAGCAUGAUUACAGAACAACAAUGACAACAACAAAACAUGCCCAGUUGAACCUAAUGCAGUGAUCAGUCAAGAAAAUAUUAAAUACAUGUAUGCGAAGUAAAAUACUUUUUUCGAAAACACUCUAAAUUUAGAUUUGUAUCCAGACAUUUUGACCACAACCGCUGACAGUCAGUAAAACUUGUCUAGCUUUGCAACUAUAGCUACUAAAGAGUGCAUUUGUGGGCGGAACAUGGCUAGAUGAGUUGUUGACAGGAACACAGAGGAACACAUUUUGUUUCUGCGAACUGUAACGAGAUCAUGAGUAUCACAAUUUAGGAGUGGGAAUAUGCAGGCUGUUUUAACCAGUACUGUUACUAGUCAUCUUAAUGAUCACACAUAAACAUACAGUUGCAUUGCAAUGGUAAACUGCUCUUUCUAAUUUAAAGUAUUCGUCUAAAUAAAGUACCAAAUAUGCUUGUUAUCAUAGAGUAAUUAGAACCAGUAGAUGAAAUGCUUCAAGAUGUAAAAACACCCUUUUACAGGUCUGUUUUACUAUCAGAUAUUCUGUAGUCUUUGCAAAAACGGGUUGUGCUUAUAGUGAACCUUUUUAUUUUGUUUGUGUUAUAUGCAAAACAUUUGUUACACAGUAUACUAUGCAUUGCUGAUCAUGUAAGAGGGGGCAA